AUGUCUGUGAGUAGAAGCAACGGUAGCAAUGUCAGUGUGAGUGGUAGCAACGGUAGCAAUGACAGUGUGAGUGGUAGCAACAGUAGCAAUGUCAUUGUGAGCGGUAGCAAGGGUAGAAAUGUCAGUGUGAGUGGUAGCAAUGGUAGCAAUGUCAGUGUGAGUGGUAGCAAGGGUAGCAAUGUCAGUGUGAGUGGUAGCAAGGGUAGCAGUGUCCGUGUGAGUGGUAGCAACGGUAGCAAUGUCAGUGUGAGUGGUAGCAAGGGUAGCAAUGUUAGUGUGAGUGGUAGCAAGGGUAGCAAUGUCAGUGUGAGUGGUAGCAAGGGUAGCAAUGUCCGUGUGAGUGGUAGCAAUGGUAGCAAUGUCAGUGUGAGUGGUAGCAAUGGUUAG